AUGGCCCAAUGGAAUCAAACCACAGUGUCUGAAUUCAUCCUUGUUGGAUUCACAGAUAAUCCAGUGGUCCGCACCUCUCUUUUUGUGGUGUUUCUAACCAUCUAUGUGAUCACUCUUCUCGGAAAUCUAGGGAUGAUUGCACUGAUUCGUCUUGACUCCCAUCUCCAAACACCUAUGUACUUUUUCCUUAGCAACCUGUCCUUCUCAGAUAUCUGUUACUCUACUGUCAUUGUCCCUCAAACCCUGGUGAAUUUCUUGGCUGAAAAGAAAUCCAUUUCUUUCAUUGGCUGCGCUGCUCAGUUCUACUUCUAUGCUGUGUUUGCAAGUGUAGAAUGUCUCCUGCUAGCUGCUAUGGCCUAUGACCGUUAUGUGGCCAUCUGUAAUCCACUAUUGUAUCCUACUGUCAUGUCCAAGAAGGUUUGCAUUUUCCUGGUGCUGGCUUCCUACCUUGUGGGUUGUGCCAAUGGCAUGGUACACACAAACACUACGUUUCGCCUUCCCUUUUGCAAUUCCAAUGUCAUAAACCAUUUUUUUUGUGAUGUACCUUUAAUUCUGAAGCUUGCCUGUUCAAACACUCAACUCAACCAGAUUCUGCUUUUUGUGAUCUCUUCACUGAUAGGACUAUGUUCAUUCUUCACCAUCCUUAUCUCUUAUAUCUACAUUAUCACUGCUAUCCAAAGAAUCCACUCAAGCAGGGGAAGGAAGAAGACCUUCUCUACCUGUGGCUCCCAUUUGAUGGCUGUUACCUUGUUCUACACCACAAUUCUUUUCAUCUACCUGAAGCCUUCCUCAAGCGACAUUGAAGCACAAGACCAAAUUGCUGCUGUCUUUUAUACAGUAGUGAUUCCUAUGGUAAAUCCUGUAAUCUAUAGCCUAAGGAAUAAAGAGGUGAAGGAAGCCCUGAAAAGGAUAGUGAGGAAGAGAUGGGUUUCUGGUCAGGCAUAA